UCGCGAGUGAAAGACGUGCGCACGGUUGCUAGAAUUUCGUUGAUGGCAUUUUCUUCACGGUGAAUCAAAAAUUUCCAGUGUAUUGAAUGAAAGUGUGAAUAAAUUGUCGAUUAAACGUUCAAUGAGGGAUGUUUGCAAAUAAAACCAUUUGAUGAAGAAGGUUGUAAACUAAAAAGCAAAAGAGGCAAGUGAGAAAGGUUAAAAAGUGUAUUUUUGCGUAGUGAACGGAAAUUGGAAAAGUGUUGCUGCUGUCAAGGAUUGUGAAUGAAAUUUGAUUAUAACAAAGUGUAAACUAAAAUCAAAAAUACCGACUUGAAUUUUUAUUGAAAGCAAAACAAAAAGUGAAUUGGUUAUAAAACAAAAACAAAAAUAAUAAUAAAAAAAAACUACUAAAAGAAACUUAAGCAAAAUAGUGAACAAAAUAAAAGAAAAUCGUGCAUGGAAAGUAAAAAUAUAUUUUUCAAAUAUAAAAUAUAAAAGUUGAAAAAAAUUAGUUAUAAAAAGUGUACAUUUUUAUGUAAAAUAAUGAUAAUAUAUAAAAAAAAGUGUUUGUAUAAAGUGCAUCUAAAAAAAUUUAAAAUUAAAAAAGAACUUUCAAAAAAAAUUUCAAAAAAAAAUUUUAAAAAAAUUAAAAAAAAAAUUUCAAAAAAAAUUAAAAGAAAAGAAAUAUCAAAAAAUUUUUUCAAAAAAUAUUAAAAAAAAUUAUUUCAAAAAUAUUUUGCCAAUAAAAUAUACCAAUCAUAGAGCAACAACUAAACAGAAAAUAAAUCAUAACCAAGCGGAAGUGUGCUCUUUAGUUCAACGGAAGUGAGAGUGUGAAUUGAAAAAAAGUGCUGAGUGUAAUUUGUGAAUUGGAAAAUGUAUUGAGUUCACACUUUUGAAAUCAUAAAUUCUGAAACUAACAGUGAAAUUAGUCCGAACACAACGCUAGCAUGGAGGACGAACUACGCUGCCCGACAUGCAAACAACUUUUCGCGAAUCCGGUGCUGUUGCCCUGUUUCCACGCCCUCUGCUUGGGCUGUGCACUUGACAUACAGACUACGUACACACCCGCUGCGGCCUUGGCUGCUGCCAACAGUGCCAGUGUUGGCCACGUCUCGAACGGCAAUAUCAACGGCGGCUGCCUAAUACAUGCCCAUCCAUUGCAUGGCGGCACAGCAGCAGCUCAUGGCAAUAGCAUAACCACAACAGCUACGGUACACUCGCAUGCUCCAGUCGCGCCACCGUCACAUCCACCAUCGACACGUCACUCAUCGAACAGUUCGGCCGCCAGCACCGCCAGCUCGGCUACAGGUAGCGAAAGUGUUACAUCCGAUCAGGAUCAAGCGGAUAAGGUGAGCAUUUUGAGUGAGGCCGACUCGGGGGUGGUUUGCUGUUCGAACACAUCACGUCCGGUUUCGUACGCUGGCACUGCACAGUUACAAGGUUUGCUGCAGGGUGCUGCUGCUGCACCACCAGGUGCUGCUUUCUACUUAACUUGUCCGCUCUGUCGCAAGCUGGUGUUCUUUGAUGAGGGUGGAGUGCGUAAUCUACCCGCCUAUCGUACCAUGGAAUCAAUUGUUGAUCGUUUUUGUGCACGCGAGGCGCUACGCUGUCAAAUGUGCGAGACCGAUCCGAAGGUCGCAUCGAUUGUGUGUGAGCAAUGCGAAAUACGCUACUGCGAUGCAUGUCGGGAGCUAUGCCAUCCAGCACGUGGCCCGCUGGCCAAACAUAAUUUGGUGAAACCGCGUAAUGCAGCAUCGCAGCGAGAGUCGGUGUGCGGCGAACAUGGCGAUACAUUAUCCAUGUACUGCUUUGUGUGCAAAAUGCCCGCCUGCCCACAGUGUAUCGCCGAAAAACAACAUCCCGGACAUGAGGUGCAAUCCAUCAGCGUCACUUGCAAGGCACAAAAGACGGAACUCUCACAUAAUUUGCAGCAGUUGUCGGAGAAGGCCCGUUCCACCACGGAAUUCAUACAGCGAUUAAAAGGCAUGAGUGACAAAGUGACGGAGUCUUGCAUGGAGUUCGAAAGAUUGGUGACGGCACAAUGCGAAGCCUUAAUACAAGCAAUACACGACCGACGUGAAUAUCUACUCGAGGCUAUACGCAUGGAUAAGGACACGAAAAUCAGAAUAUUAAAGGAUCAGCAAUCAAAUUGCACGGGCAAGUUGCAACAAACCACUGGACUUAUACAAUUCUGCAUUGAGGCGUUGAAAGAGACCGACAGCGCAGCCUUUCUACAAGUCGGCUCCAUGCUGAUUAAUCGCGUUGCCAAUACGGACAUGACCUGGCAUCAGGAGGUGACAAAUGCCGCUCCGCGUGUCUCGCCAAUUGUGGAUCUGACGUUGGACGACGCUGCCCUGGUGCGCGCCAUUGAUAAUUUGAAUUUUAUGCAAAUGAAAGCUGUCAAAGAUGGAGAAGAGCGAUUACCAGCAGCGCCCUUAGCGCCAACCAUUGUGCCGGAGGAUUGUUCGGCAGAAAAUAAUUCGGUUACAGUGGCGUGGCAAGCACCAGCCCACUCUAUCGUUGAUGGCUAUGUAUUGGAGUUGGACGAUGGCAGCGGUGGCGAGUUUCGGGAGGUGUACUGCGGCAAAGAAACGAUUUGCACCGUGGAUGGGCUCCACUUCAAUUCCAUGUACAAUGCGCGCGUCAAGGCAUUCAACAAUGCGGGCGAGGGUGAAUAUUCCGAACUCAUUGGAUUGCAAACGGCGGAAGUUGCCUGGUUCACAUUUGAUCCGAUCCUUAGCGGUGGCGCCGGCUCCGGACUGGUUUUUAGCAACAAUAAUGCCACAGUAUCGGUGGAGGGUUGGGAGCACCGGGUGGCUUUGGGUUCGGUGGGAUUCUCACGCGGCAUUCACUACUGGGAAUUCACCGUUGACAAGUAUACAAUGGAUACGGAUCCAGCGUUCGGUGUGGCGCGCAUCGAUGUCAAUCGCAACAAAAUGCUAGGCAAAGAUGAAAAAUCCUUUGCUAUGUACAUUGACGGACAACGCUCAUGGUUUCAGCAUAAUUCCGUACACGAGCGACGUGUCGAGGGUGGUAUAACCACUGGCAGCACCAUUGGUGUACUACUUGAUCUGGAACGGCAUACCUUGAGUUUUCUCGUCAAUGAAAUGCCACAAGGUUCCGUGGCAUUCCGCGAUCUCUACGGUGUCUUCUACCCGGCCGUGAGCAUUAAUCGCGGCGUGACACUGACCCUACACACCGCCAUGGAGGCGCCGAAAAUGGACUACUUCUGAGUAAGAUUGAAUAAGAUGCGCUGCAAUCCAAGAGAAUGAACCGAAGGGACCGCAGUGGGAGGUAGGCGAAGUGCAACGCUUAGGCGCGCUUCAAGUGUGUUGUAAAUAUUUCGUAUUUAAGCGCAAUUUCAAAAACUAGCAAUGCAUAUACAUAGAUACAUACAUACCUAGGCGUCUACUUACACGUUUUUAAAUGUAUUUAUAGUUUUACAUAGCAUAUAAAUUUUUAUGUAAUUCGAUUUGUAAGUAGCAUAAAUGGGUCGCUGACACAUAUCUUAAGCAUUUCAAAUGAAGUGAAAUUCAAAAUCGCCAUAAUAUUCCAAUUAUUAAUUUUUAUAAAAAUUUUGCAUGUUAACACACAUUGGUACUAGUAAGGUCUAAGUCUAUAGUUCGUACAAAAUUCAGCAUUUGCAGCUACAAAAAUUUUGAAAAAAUACUAAAAACGAAGUUUGAAAAAUCAAAUGUCAUGUUGCAGCAACAAAUGACAGAAAUAAUAAAAAAUUAAAGCAAUAGUCGGUUUGAAGCAUUUAGAAGUGAUAAUGCAUCAAUGAACGUUGUAAUAUGAGAAGGCAUUAACACAUGUACAAACAAAUAAACAAUCUAAAAAAUCUAAAGAAGUUCACCAAUAACUGGAUUAAACACAAGUGACUGUUAAAAAAAUAGCUAAAAAUUAAAGUUGAAGAAAUAUAAAUAUUAAAUUGUUGAAAAAAUUAAAAAAAAGCAAAUAACGCGUGACUGCCAACGAAAAAAAAAACAAAAUUAAAUAAUUAUUAUAUGAAAUAUGUCGCAAUCACAAUCUCUCACCUUUUUAGGGUUUAGGCAUAGUCAGAGCCAUGCAAAAUUUAUUGAUUUUUCUUGACAAAAAAAUUUUUUUAUUUUUCUAAAAUAAAAACUUAGCAUCAUUGGCGACUGUCACACGUUCAAUAUUUAUUGCGAUAUUUGGAUUGUGAUCCAUAUUGAUAAAAUAAAAACAUGAGGAUUGCACCGCGACCUUAGGUCUCUCAUGCCCUUAUAUUAAUGAUUGGCUGAUCACGAGUAAAUACUACAGCUUCAAUAAUUAUGAUAAUUAUGAUUUUAAUUCUUACAAUACUUUGUUCCGUCGUAUCAGGAACUUACAUACAAGAUGUCAGGGUUCGCGUGAUCAAUAGUGAACUUUCAACGCACGUUGAUCCGGAUUUAUUUUCAUAUGACGGCCUGCUUUUUAGGCAUUUUUUAGACUUUUUGUUUUCAGGACCAGUAAAUAGAUAGAACUUUAAGGUUAAACUGUUUAGUCGAAGAGACCGAAAUCCAUAUCGUCGUCCUCCUCCUUCUUUUCGGAUUUUUCUUUCUUAUUAUCAUUUAUUAAAAUAUAUUUCGACGGUAAAAAUAUAAAUUUAAAGCUAAAAAUAUUGUGUACAACAGGAAGUACAGCGUUCUGGCUCGAAAAAAAUGGGCAGGCAUGUCCGCUACCGUCCCCUAUGAUUUGCUUAUCUGAAACAAAAUUAAUUAGCGGCAUUUUAAGCUGUAAGCCUAUGUGCACGGCAAGAGCUAUUAUCAAAUGAAUAUAUCAUUUUGGGAAUUUUUGAUUGUUAAUAGUUCAUUUCAUGCAUUUACAUUUACCCUACAAAUUUCAAGUUAUUCGGUAAAACCAGUUUUCAGAUACGACCCCCGUAAAUGUUUUGUGGUAUGGAUCUCAAUCCAUUGGUAUUGCAUGCUACACGUUCAAUAAAUAUCGUGAUCCUGGAUUAGGGUCAAUAUACGAGGUUUGUUCAAAAAGUAUCGGGAAUUUUGUAUUUCCUAAGAAACAAUCAAGGAUCGGACAUUCUAGGUAGAUGCACUUAAAUCGUUAUCCUUAAUGCGUUUGCUAUGUUCGUCAUCAAAAGGGGGGACUCUCGCCCGACGCUGUUGUUUAUUUUUCAUUGGCGGCAUUUUUUACGUGGCGGGUCCCAAACCCAGCGCACAACCCUGGGGAGUGAUGGUUCGCCUUCAAACGGACGUUUUUUGGUUACCUAUCCUCUGGGUCUAAGACGGGAGUCGUGAGCUGCUUGAGCCAUCUAUAAAAUAAUCGUUUCUGGACACUCCCAAGUGACUGCCACUCAGAGAACAUUCCUUACUCGCGUUAACUUCUACACAUUACUCCAUCCUCCAAUUUUGCACUUUCUGCCAGCAUUUUUUUUUUUUUCAAAUUAUUAAACCACUUAAAAAUAUAAUUUUUCGGAUCUUAUUUAGCUCCUCCUCCGAUGCAGUUUUUAUCUCCUGAAUCGUAGCGUAACGUCAUUCAUUCAUGGGUCUCUUCACUUUUAGGAACAAAAACAGUCACCGGGGGACAGAUCUAUGGCACAAAAUGGCUGCGACACCAUUAAUGUGUUGUUUUUGACCAAAUAUUCGCACUCAAGCAACAAUACGUGAGCAGGGACGUUUUCAUGGUACAAAAGGCGUAUAACUUGCACCUAAUAUCAUUUAUUAACAGUACGACCCUUGUGUAAGAACUUAUGAAGCACGACACCCCUGCAAGCGUAGAAAACUGUUAGCAAAACCUCCAAAUUCGACCAAAAUUGGCGCUUUUUCUCAGUGUUGGCUCAUGCGUCAGCCCGCAUUGGAAUGAUUGAGCUUUGAUUUUCGCGUCAUAAUCACAAAACCAUGAUUGCUUACCAAUUUAUGAGUCUCUGGAGCAGAUGUGGGUCAUCGCGAACUGAGUUCAAUGUUUUCAAAAAGUUAUUUAACCAUUUAAUUCGGUUUGCGAGCACAAAAAACAUUGUUUUGAGAAAAAUUCAUUUGAAAUUUCGCAACUGCUGCGUUUAAGAGCAUCCGGGAACCCUUUAAUUAUCCAAUAAAUCGUAAAGUAUUUGUCGGACUUAGCUUUCAUAGAAUAUAGAAUACUUUAAAGAUAUUAUGAUUAAAGAAAAUGUCGAAAUUCUUCUUUUUUUUUGUUUAGAAUUCUGACUGUCCCUAACCCCUUACAUCUAUUACCAAUUAAAGUGCUUUCUUUUAUGUAAAUAUAAUAAUCACAGCUAAAAUACAGCACUGCAGGCAACAGAUUUCGUUUUGAUAUUUUUUUGUAGAAUAAUGAUUGUAAUUUGUAUUCAUAACUUCAAAAAAAGUUUUGUCUUCGCAACGAUUUCAUUUAGUUUAGUCACAACAGUAGCAAUAGAAUUUGAUUAAAGAUUUUUUAUUUUGAUUUAUUCAGCAAACAGUUUGUUUUAAAUUGCUUGUGUUUACUUUUUUCAUGACAUUUGGUUUCAGUUUACAGCCACUCAUUAAAAAAAAGCUGCUAAAGUAUAUUUAGGAUUUAAUGAAUUACUAGACCUUAAACUGAAAUUCGAUACCAAAAAAUUUCUCCAAGCUACAAUCUAUUUUCCAAAAUCGCAGAUUCUAAAUGUUGAAAUUAUAAAAUUAAAUGCUUCGAAAACAUAUAUCUAUAUAAACACAUACAAAUAGAUAAAGUUGUAAAAAAUAAGAGCAAAAUUAAAAUGCGAAACAUUCAAGGCGGAGAAAAGCAAAAUGCUUUCCCUGCGCAUGCCAGCUAUAACACUUAAGCUUAUACCAAAAAUCUUACACUAGCGUAAACUUUUUAGAGCUUAGAUACUUAUACCCUAUAAGUGUAUUGUAUUAUAAAUGCUUUGACACAAAUUACAUACAUAAAAGAGGAACCCAAAACCAAGAGACGAAAGCCAAAAGACUUCGCCAAAUCACGCGAACUAAAUUUAAUUACUAACGAUAUAGAAAAGCGCUCUGUAAAUAGUAGUUGUCAAUGAUACGAGUGUCUAAAUACAAACUGUUCAAAAGCUUUCGAAAAAGCGGCAAAGCGAUUGUACCAUAAAUGUUUAAAAUGAUGCCAUGAUAAUAGACUGCACUUAAAAAAAAAACUUUGCCAUUAGUAAAAUUGCGGAAAAUUUCCAACGGCACAGAAAACAAAAUCUAAAUACAAAAAAAAAUAAAAUAAAAAUCAAUAAAACUCACAAACAUAUAAACAUUAAUACGUUUUUUCACCUUAUUUGCGUUUGAAUCAAAGAAAAGCUUGUAAAUUUUGCAUAAAUAUGAAUUGUUAGUGUAGGCAAACGUUUUCCAUUAUUGAAAACGCGAGAAAAUUACAAAAAAAUUAAAAAAUUAAAUGGCAAAUAAAUGAGUAUUUGUACAUACAUACAUAAAUAUAUGUGCAUGCAUUUGUAUUUAAAAACAUACGUUUAACGUAAAUAUCUAUAUAUAUAUAUAUACUAGUACAUGAAUAAACGCAUAUAUGUAUGAAUGUUUUAGCGAUUAACCUACAAAACAUUUUUUAUUUUUAAUUAAGCGUAAAACACUUAAACGUAAUUGCAAAGUAAAUAGUAAUUUCGCAUUAAUCCCAAUGUAAUUAAUUAUUAAUAAUAAUAAAAAAAUAUGUCAGCUGAUGAAAAGAAAAAAAAAACUAAACAAACACAAGCCAAACGAAGGGAAGUUGGCUAGAAUGUUCAUAGAAAUAGCAAUGUAAUGAUCAAAAAAUACCAUAAAUGAUAAUAAAAUUUAAUGGCUAAUUAUUAACAAUCAAUAAAAAUACAUAUGUCACAAAGAA